AUGCAAUACAGCCGCCGCUACCUACUCGUGGACAAUACCGCUCAUGUUGUCAGCGGAGAUGUGAGCUUUAUGCUUAACUAAUCUUUCUCGUAUUGCAACCUGUUCCUUUGAGCAAAAAACGGAUCAGCAAUUAGUACCGCACUUUUCUAACAUGUUCGUUUUGAAUUUGAUCCUGCAUACCGUAUUUUGUUUUCAUAAAGGAUGGAAUACGCACGUCUAAGGUUAUCGGGGAUGGUGAACUUGUGACAAGUCUGGAUGAUUAUCGGUGUUUCCAUGAUCUGCUAUUUUCGAAAGUACAGGAACAUGGUAUGUAUUUAGCCUAUGAUCUAGUAACUUUCUGCAAAGUUGACCUCAUACUCUGUCAACUGGGACGUCGCUCAUUUCAGGUGAGAAACAGUGCUUGGGAUAUCGAACAAGUUUGAACGGAUCCUUCGAAUGGAUCUCCUAUCGACAGGUAUGCUCGAGAUUUUACACUUUUUCCAAAAUGUCAAUUCGUGUGUAAAAUUCCAUGUUUCCAGGUACGCGUACCUGAGAGUGUAAAUUUCCACUUGAGUUCGGGGCGAUCGAUUUUAAAUAAGGCUCUGAAAAAACUGUGUACUGAGAACAACAAUGCCUGCUGCGGACUUAUUUCGUAUUUAACCAAUAAAACCUACCUGAACAUUAUAGAUCCCAUAACACAUAAUCAUCUGGCUCUGUUCCCUCAUUUUUGAACAGGUGACGUCUGGGCGCAGGAAUACUGCCCUUUUUACUGUUUUCAUAGGUCUACGCAAUGAUCCUCAGUCUGGGCUCUGCACUUCGCCAAGUGGACGAACUUGUAACGAGGACGCCUGCUUGCGUCGGCAUUUAUGCUGCUAACUGUCCAGAGGUAUGUUAGUCUUGGUAGAAAAAAACUGUUUAAAAUUUCUAAUGUUCACUUGUCAAACGGUACUUUGCUGCAUUUGGUCUUCUGCACUCGAGUACUACGUGCUACGUCCGCAACAUGUUCAAGUACCAUUUUAUUUUAUUGAAACAAAGUGCGCAAGUAGAAGCUGGAUAGACAAGUGGGCCAUGUCUAUCUAUGGUGAGUAUUGCAAUAUGUUUCCCCCGUUGUUAGACUUUUCUCUAUUCUGUCCUGCAUUUCUGCGGACCGAUAUAUUUUAUGGCAGAAAUUUUUAAGAAUCAUUCCUUCUUAUCAUCUGAGGCCUCGUCUGCAGCAUUUUCAAAAUAGUGCGAGUUGGGCUUUCUUUUCAUAGCAUUAAACAGAAUAGUAGUUUGCUUUUCAAAUCGGAAUUGCAGGUGUACUAGGUUACUGAUCAUCUUUUUCCGUUAUAGUGGACUAUUUCAGAAUUAAGUUGUUGGUCGUACGGACUGGUGGCGGUUCCACUCUACGAUACUCUCGGAGACGAGGCUAUUCAACACAUAUGCAAACAAGGUAACAGCUCCGCAUUGUGUUCCCGUUAGUUUUUCCGAGAACGUGGUCUUCUUCACUACUAGCCAAAGCAAAAGUUAUAAGGAUAUAUUUAUAUGUUUUCCAUACAGCAUGAGGCUUUGUAUUAAGUCACAGAACUAUCUCAUCAAAUCAACUUCAAUUCUUUUAGCUGAACUUUCCGUCAUCGUCUGUGAUACUCCCGUAAAGGUCAGAAAACUGCUGACUCUUAGGCACAAACUGGAUUGCCUCAAACUUGUCUUAAUAAUUCGCCCGGAAGGAAAGUUAUCGGAGUUACGAAUUGAAGCUGAAGAUGACCUGCAAAUCUGUGAUUUCUAUGACUUUAUGGUACACCGUAUGUUAUUUCUUUUUAUAGACAAAUAUAUAAUCUCCCUCCUCAUAAUUAAAGUAGGGUAUAAAGCAACCAUUUUCAACAUGAAAUGUCUAUGCAAGCUGCAGUUUGCCUGCAAUUCCCGUCUGAAUUAAGGGCUUAUAAUCUGUUGCCUAUGUCCAUAAUUUUCUCCAUAGUAUUGAGAACUAUUUGCAGAGGUCGAAUGAAUGGUCUGCUCACAUUCUUUUCAUGUGAAUGCAAGCAAUCCGAACUCAAAUUUAUUCAGAACUUUCUUUUGUCCUAUAGGGAAGGGGAGAAAAGAACCACCAGAAGCCUUGCGUAAGUGGUUCUGAUGUAAUGUUAUAUUUUAAGUGUAUUUUAUUCACUAAAAAGCGAGGUUUAAGUUUAAAAAAUACAACGUUCAAAAGCGUAAGCCUAUUUCCCUUAAAUUCACUGAACUGGACUGGAUAACAAAAGGCAGUUAGCUAACGUUAUCACCCAAGCUCCGUUCGUUUUUAUAUACUCUGGGAAAACGGUACAAGUUUCCUCAAUGUUUGCUCCUCUGUGCUUCAGAAACCUAUCUCAUAGGAGGUCUCCUUUCACUUACAUAACGGCGUGGAACAUAUGCAUUAGAUUAUUAUCCGAUGAAAUGUUAACAAGCGUGCUCGAAAUUAUCGCCCGUGACGUAUCCGUUAUCGAUCUCCAUAUUCGGACCUGACGUUGACAUGAUAUUUAGCAUUUAAUUUGUGACCUAAAAGGUUUGGGACGCAGUUUACAAAAAGGACUAGAUCUUGGCUUUAUUACAUUUUUUGAGAGGAGGGAGGAGGUAUGUAAAAAGCUGCCAGCCACGUAAUAGUGGAGAGACGGGGAAACCGCAGUAGACAUUGUAAAUAAAACACUGUAGUGUUUGCUUUCUAGGUCCCAGAAGCCCUGGUCCUUAUCAAUACAUACUUUUAUGGCCACUAAUUGAGAGCUGCUGGGGACUGGAAAAUCAUAUAGAAAUUCGGCUGUUCUGAAAGAUUAACGCACAUGAUACAUCAGCUCCACGACGGGAUGAUGGCGCGUCUCACGGACGACAGUGCCACCUCCGAGGCAUUCGCAGUGACAAACGGAGUGAAACAGGGCUGCGUCCUCUCACCUACCCUCUUCAAUCUCAUGUUUUCUGCCAUGCUGAUGGACGUCCACCGUGAUGAGCGCCCCGGGAUACGCAUCGCCAACAGAACUGACGGGCAUCUUCUCAGCAACAGACGUAUGCAUGGCCAAACGUGGCUAUCUACGACCACGGUCUACGAUCUUCUCUUCGCCGACGACCGCGCGCUCAACACUACGACUGAAGUGAACAUGCAACGGAGUAUGGACCUCCUCUCCGCCGGGUGCGCCAAUUUCCGCCUGACUAUCAACACGGACAAAACUGUGGUCAUGCACUAACCGUCACUCAACAUGCAACACUGCACUCCUCCUCGAGUCACUGUCGACGACCACAAACUCAAAACCGUGAACAGUUUUGCUUAUCUCGGAAGCCCACUUUCCAACAGCACGAGAAUCGACAAUGAGGUCACCCACCGAAUCUCCAAAGUCAGCCAAGCCUUCGGCCAGUUGUACAACUCCGUUUGGAAUCUCCUUGGUUGUCAAGUGAAUACCAAACUGAAGAUGUACGAGGACGUCGUCCUGACGACACUCCUCUACGGAGCGGGGACUUGGACCGUCUACUCUAGUCAUACCAAGAAACUCGACCACUUCCAUCUCAGCUACCUUCGCAGAAUACUAAAGCUGAGGUGGAAAGACAGGAUCCUCGACACAGAAGUCGUAGAACGGACCGGCAUCUUUAGCAUUCACACCAUGUUGAGGCAAUUGCAACUACGUUGGAGCUACCAUCUCGUGAGGAUGGGAGAUACAUUUCUACCGAAACAACUCUUCCAUGAUGAUGUCGCCACCAGUGCUCACCUACCGGGAAGCCCACGACGACGCCACAAGGACACAUGGGAUAAUUAUCUUAAGCGAUUGCAUAUUAGCGCAGAGACCUGGGAGGACCUCUCCAAGAACAGACCGGCCUAGAGAAGAGAAGUCCGGCGCUGCCAUCUACGAAGCAACCCGGAUCGCUGCCGCCAAAGCCAGACGAGAGACUCGCAAUUCAUAAAUGCCUUGCCUCCUCAAUGUCAACCAUCCGCCGCUUCCCGCAUGACCGCACUGCAAACGUGCCUUGCGUGCACGAAUCAGUCUCGUUGGACACCUUCGGACGCAAUGCACCAUCAACUCGACAAGGUCUACCUCUUGUUCCGCUCUCACUCCCUCCGCAAACGCCGCGCCGGCUGCCACCCCCGUCACCGCCGACCACACUGUCGUUGUCCCACCGCCACCAACCAUCGAUACCAUCCGCCCUGCCCCCAACCCCUGCAUUGCCCGCAGUGGCCAGCAUUACCACCACCACCAAAACUUCACGCACUCCUUCCACCGAUCGGACGACGUCUGAUGUCCCAGCACCACUGACGCCCCCACCUUUAGCGAUGUGGGCUCAGUUCAUACCUGUCCUCAUUGAGAUCACAUAUCCACCUCACUCAUCGGCCUGGUCGGUCACUUGCGAAUCCAUCGCACGGUGAAUGGCGAGCCAGCACCUGGAACAUCAAUCUACAUCCGCCGUAUCUGCCCCAACUGCUCUCACUGCCUCCGCACAUUCACUCGCCGCAUGUGCCUAUUGGGACACAUGCGUAUUCACAAAAACCUGUGCUAGACAACCGCCGGCCACACCACAGCAUUACGCCUUCCCCCACCAGCACACGCACUUUCCAACACCAUCACCCAUCACAAACACCCAAUUGCCUCAUCCCACUCAAGUAGGAAGUGUGCUUCUCGGGUCCUCCAUGCGGCUGCACGUGUGGUCUGAGUCUGAGACUAUUACGAUGUGCCACAGCCCAUGGUUUGGACGGCUGAGGGCUGACGCCCCAACUGAGUUAACGCAGUCUACCCAGCUGUGCGUGUUUAUGUAGAGUGGCGGACUGGUGGGCUGAGAGCCAGGCCGUCACGGCUCCAUUUUAAUUGUUGGUGACACUCUCACGCAUGUGAGGUGUAUGCGUGCUUUGUGGGUAGUGCCUCUCAGUCAAUGAAUGUUUGGUUAUAUAGUCUUUGAAGGGUGACGACCCAGGCGAAUUCUAAGCCAGGUGUCACUCUUCUGCGCCUAAAGGUCUGUAAGCGUCUGCUAUGCCAGGAUCGGCAAACCAUGGCCCUCGCAGCCUGGUAUGUGCCGGCAGUUCGCGACAUCUGGUUUGCUGACAGUAGAUACGCAUGCGCUCCCGCUGGGUAUACAGAUCGUGCGCAUGACUGUCCGGUCAUCCUCGUCCUUUGGCACAUCGUGUUGUUGUUAUUCGUUAAAAUCCUGGUCAAUUGUAGUGUGGACCAGACGAUGUGGAGUGGAAUGCCAUGUUGCGGGCUAGGCGGCGUCAUCAACCUGCGCCCUUCCCUGCGUUCGGUCUUCUUUACUCUGUCUUGACACCGGGCUCAGGUGGGGAGGAGGAGGGAGUGGGGAAGAUUCUGCGCAAGUCUACACUUACUACAAACUAAUUCACGCGCAUGUCACCUUGUCUAUUUCACUUGCUGUGGAGCACAUGGUGGAUGCGACGGUCGAACUCUAAUUGAGAACUGCGUAAAACCUUGGCUUAAAAAGAAGGGAAGCUGCAAGUGCAGUGAUACGCACUUAAUGUGGUCUUCCUUAUGUAAACCAUGUGGGCAGCCAACUUACGCUUUGAACUGUGCAGUGCGUAAACUUCCACCUAGUCCAAUAAAGAAGAAUUCAGAAAAUGCAAAGAUUCAGAAAGGGAGUAUGAUUAGUCUUAGUAAAUGUAAACAACCACAUGCCGUUUGUUUUUUUUCGCGUAUUUUGAGAUAAGUGCAUCACCAGUAAAAAACGCCACAACGUCCAUUUAUCCGGGUUCUAAUGGAGAAAAGAAAAUUUUAUUGCAGCUUCGGAAUACUGCAAAAUAGUGCAAAAGUGGUCAAUAGAAUGAGCGAUUCGGCAAAUUUUCUGAGGCAUUCUGAUUUUCUACAAAAAUGCUAAUGUUCUCUUGAAAUAGAUGAAGUGUUUUUUUGUCUUUAAAGUAUGCUUUUACUUCCAAGGAGACCCGGUUGAUUGAGUGCUUUAAGCAAUACGCCCUGCGCUUUGAAAACAAGUACCAGUCUCUCUCAUUACGUCUUCUUAUUUAAGUUUCAGUUUACCGCUUUCCGUACAUAGUUCGAUCAUUUCUCCAAUUCUGCUCGCAGCAAACAUUUAAUAAGAGGAUUAAAAUAUAAAUUUCGAAAUCCUUAACAAAGUUCGUUAGGAAAUAAGACUAUGGAUAAAUGUCUAGUAAAUUGAAUUUUCCAUUAGAGGCCCUGUGCCUAUCGGACAGUUUGCAAGUUUAGGUUUACUGACGAUAAACCUUAGGCAGCACAGUCUCGUGAUGUAUUCUUCGAAGACUUACCUACUUCUUAUAAUCAUUCUGUCCAAGUAUUUUAACAGAAUUCUGGUUAGGGAUUCAAAUUUAUUGUCAUUUCCAUAUUUCAGCCUGUUGGCGAGAAUGAACUUCUCUUAAUAUGCUACACGAGCGGAACUACUGGUCAGUGAUACUGGUCUCUUUUUUUGCGUUUUUUGCAACGUAACAUUGGCCAAAAUUUAACAUGCAUGUACAGGGCCUCAGCAGAAUCCUUCAUGAUUUCCCCGACCUUUCGGUGUUUUACCUCCUCUUUUGUUUUACGCCUGAUUUCUUCUGGUAGGGUUGCUCACAUGGCAGAUUUGUCCGGCAUUUUUCUAUCUUUCGGAUUGCUAGGUUUGCCAAAAGGCGUUACCCUUACAAACCGAGCAAUUCUAGGAACAAUCGCUGGAAUGGUGAAGCAAUCACCAGAGGUUCGUUUUUUGGUUUAUAGCAUCUUAUCGAGUGCGUAAAUGGACUGAUGUUGAUCAGUGGUCCAGAAGACCCUUGCAAACAACAACGUACUUGUACUAGUCAGCCACCCGUUUAUUCUUCUUCCGCCUAGUUGGUAACCGAUGAUGCGGUACACCUCGCCUUCCUUCCGCUGGCUCAUGUAUAUGAACAGAUAGUUGAGGUAAAUAUUUGCGAUUGCGUAUGCAUGAAGUUUGCCUACUUACUAUUUUACAAUUGACUUUUUUACUCUGGAGCAAUCAGUGAUUGCCACGCGAGUUGGUAAGCAGUAGAAAUUAGCCGAAGCCAAAAAAAAUCAUGGCCAAGUAACUUUCAUCGAUCUUGCCUGAUUGCAGUACUGAAUACGCUGCAUCCGUUCGACUCGGAGAUUUGAACUAGUACUACAAAUCAAUAGUUGAGAUGUGCUGCCGAAGAAAUACAAGUGGUACCGACUGGCUAAUUUCGACGCGUUUCCUCGUCAGCCAGCUAUGCUGUGGUCCUAGAGUUUAAAUUUCAGGCCAGCUGGGCAUUUAACUUGGCGCUUUGACAGCUGAGCAACGAGUCUACUCCCUGCCAACCACUAUCGGUAAUGGUAGGGGGCGCUCCCCGAUCGUUCUUACGAAACUCGUUCCGUUGUGCCUUACGAGCUCUCUCUCUCGAGCCCAGCCAACAGUUGCACAGCGGUGCAUGAUAUGGACAGUUUGUUAUUACCACCAAAGAAAUGGGAGGCUGGAAUGGCCAUUUCUGGCUUAUUAGCCGUCGUCAGCCAGUCGUGCCCAACCCAGAAGUGUGGAACACCUGGAGCUUGAACUCGCAAACUUUUAGUUAGAAGUCCAACGCCUCUAACCACUGGGCCACGGGCCCCUAUCGGGAAUGUCUCUUGAUCCAUCCACCGGCGGGAAUAGCCGUAUUUCCGAUCCUGUGGAAUUGUCGGUCUUGAUCAUUUUAAUUGGAAGCAUCAACGUAGAAAGUUCCUACUCACUACUGCCCAUUCUACCUCUAAUAGUAAUAUAACUGAUGAUGUCGGUGGUAAUCAACUAGGGGGGUUUCAACGGUAGUACAGACGUCGAUAAUAUGUAAUUGUUCAGCCAUAUCUCGCCGUAUAACUGUCUGGGGAGGGGGUCAUCUGAGCAUUACGCUUUUGUCGUUAUGCAUCUUAUUCCGUCCCGCGUACUGUUAUAGGUUGGUUUAGCAUGUAAUAUGCGAAAGUUCUCAAAACCAAUGUCCUCGCUGGUUUCCUCUCCAUUCUGACCUUUUAUUUUUUCAACAUUUUCGGUGACGUCCAUCUUGAAAGUAUCAGUACGUUUUUCUUCUAAGCGAAAUCAGAAAGUUUGUUCUAGUUUUCGCAACAAAAGCAUGUUGCUAAGAUUUUAACCAGAGCAGAAAUGUCUGCACGCACUACAUCCCCAUAACGGUACAAAGUUAAGCUCUCCAUUGUCCGUAGCUUCUCCUCCUGUACGCCGGUGGCAGGAUCGGAUUCUCGCUGGGUGGACUGUCAACCUUUAUGCAGGACAUCGCUGCCUUACGUCCAACGCUGUUUGCCGCGGUUCCCCGUUUGCUUUGUCGCAUUUACGAAACGGUCCUCUUGAAGAUAAACAGGCAUGGUUGGGAGAAGCCAGCUCUUGAAAGGGCAGUUAAUUCUCAGUUAAUACUUGCGGAUAAGUAAGUUCGAUUCGUUAUCUCUACAGCUAUAAAACCUUACCUGUUAAGAGUUGGUCUUUUUGAAACAGCAGCUCAAUUGUGGCUAAGCAUGCUUGCGAUCGCACGCUGUAAAUCACGGAUUAGUAUUCGCAGAAGAGUUCUUUUGCACACAGAUAAGUCAUAACCGUAAGCUUCUAGCUGCAUGUCUGUGUUAACGUAGUGAACCAUAAAAUGUGACCUGGUGGUAAGAUAUUUUCGCAUCUCUUUAAUCCGCCUAACCUAAUAGUGGCAGCUAAGCUGCAGAUCAAUAUUGAGUGACCUGCACGAGCACUGACCCCCUCUCCACCACAACUUGUAAAGGUCAGAAAACGUUCUCGAGCGUAUGCGUUUCCUUCUUAUCACAGUUUAGCAUUAGUGUCUGUUUCGUUCAAAAAAUUCGGAGACUGCCUGGGUUAACAGCACCUAGUUAGACUUCGCGUAUCAUUCGAAGGCAAACGGUCCACCUCACAAACGAUGAGCGGAUCAAUAAGCUAGUUUAACGUUAUUGGUACGAACUAUAAAGUAGGUAAGUGACACAACCAAGAAAGGUUUGCAGCGAGACGGGCCUGAGCAAUCGGCCUCCAAAAUUUGCGUCAAGAAAUCAACCGAUGAGCUAUGGACCUAUGAGAUGUCCGAAUUGAUUGCUAUUUCCCUAUAAAUGAUUUUUAACGACCACCACAUUUUUCAUCCGAGGUAUAACUGCAGAAACGUACACUAAAGCAUGGUGUGCUGCAAUGCUUCCAACGUACUCUACCCGCAAAGGGACUGAAACUGCUUUUAACGGUGUAAAAUCCAUGCGGCCUUUUUCAUCGCAAGGUAUACCCACAUCCUAACACAGAUACCUAAAGUUCCUCUUUCCCACUGCUGAUGUAAAACUGCCACUGACCGGUUUUCCCAUUCUCUGUUGGGUUCUCUGCUCAUUGUGGCAGUCAGUGGCCAGUCUCAUUGCCUUUUCGUAGUUCACAUGACUAAGGAUCGAUUAAAUUCGCCUAUCGGACCGAUAUUCAUUUGCGCAUAAGACAAUUCAGUCCUGUCACGUGGACUUAUCUCUUUGUAUUCUUUGGAAAGGAACUUUCAGAGUACAUAUAAAGGAGUAUGAACAAUCGAAGCAUUUAAUUUAAAUCCAUUCAUCCAAAAAUAUAAGCCGAUUUUGGAAGACCAAGGUUUGAGGUAUAUUUUAGACUGUUAAUACGAUAGUUAAGCAGAUCGUGAUUCCUUGAAAAACUGACAGUCUCACGUCACCCAAAUAGAUUAUUGUUGCCUUCAGCCUAGGUUUUGAUAAGUGGGUCGAAGUUUAGAAGGGUUUUAUUUCGCAUGCAUGAAACUGGGCUUAUGUUCAUGAGCUUCUUUUUCCCUCUCCUUGCUGCUUAAGGCAGAUUUACUACAAUGAGACGCUAUUCGACAAGUUGUUAUUUACGAAGAUUCGUGAGAGCUUCGGUGGAAACCUGAAAGUUGUAAUCACGGGAAGCGCCGCAAUUUCUCCCACAGUUCUACGGUUUACCAGAGCCCUGUUUAACUGUCCGGUAAGCUCAAACCCCUAUAGAUUUGUCGGUAUGCCCUCUGUCAAACGCUGAUUUAUUUGACAGCUUGCAUUUGCAGUAUACUUGUCAAUACCUCCAGCUUAUCACAUGGCCGCCUUGUUAUAUGCCCUGUUUCUCGCAUUCACGUGGCUUAUAAGUGACUGCCAAAAAAAGUAACAUGCCUCCAGUGCGCUCAAUCCGACCUGGCUUUGAAAAGUCCCAAGAACCACUAAUGCAUUUAAUAUAGGUGGGAGAGUUGAGCUCCCUCCAAUUUCGGUGGCCUCUUGAGCAUCUGAAUUGUCAUUUUUGUCUCUUCUUAGGUAAUUGAAGGCUAUGGGUGUACUGAGGCUUGUGGCGCCUUAACUGUGUCGGUGGCGGGCGAUUUAAAUGGUGGUCAUGUUGGAACGCCAAUACCCUCCGUCGCUCUGAAGUUAAUGGAUGUCCCCGAAAUGGGACUCGUCGCUGCAAGAGAUAACAAAGGCGAGGUAUGCGUUUGUUCUGGGUGGGACUCAGCUUAUUCGGAAUUGGCUGUGGAAAUCACUUUAAUGCUGCAAUACAAAAAACUGGUUAACCUAGAGAGUCCACAUCAUGUAGUCACCCAUGCAUUCCACAUUAGUUCCUAGAAAAUACGCUUAAUGCGCCUGACCUCAGAAUAUAGCCCCUAUUAUUUAGCUUUAUGUGAUUAGUCAAUUAAAAAAAUGACCAUAAAUAACAAGACUACCUAACUAAGGCGGACCACUCGACCUUCAAACCCUUUAUUCCAACCUCGAUAUCUGGUGCCGCUACUGGCCAUAGAUACGAAAAGGAAUUACACACCGGUACUUUUAUUGGAACAAGCGCUCGUUUUUUGUAAAUGCAGUUCUUCGUUUCUAGGUUUGCUGGAAGGGCGUUGGUGGCACGGUUGGCUAUUACAGGUGCCCCGAAGCAACGGCAGAAUUAAUCGACCGGUAUGGCUGGAUGCAUACUGGUGACAUCGGAACUUGGAUUGUGAGUUCACUCUUUUUACAAUAACAUAAACCUACUAUACCAAAUUGAUUUGUUUCGUGUUUUGCACGGCGGAACUGGAAUAUGUUCGUUCCAGAAGGCAGACACAAACACAUUUGCGGAUGUCUUAAUAAGCUUCUCUGAGUCCCGCACUAAGGGGAAACCAAGAUGCCUAUGCGAAUAGGACCGAAGCAUUUGAAGGAGUCGAGAUGAUUGGACACAAGAAUAUGGAUCUCCCUUACUACAGGUGGUAUUGUGCUAAAUUUCGAGGGUACACAUUUCCGCGCCUAAUUUUAAUACAAACCCUAGCCCUCCUAGCCCUAAGCCUCAAAAAUAACCCUAACCUCUGAAAUGUAGCACAGAGCGACCUGCAAUAUGCGAAAGUCAAUUUGUCCAUGUCCUUGUGAGGAAUUUAUCUUUCUGUGGGUUAACAGGGGCGGUUAACGCCCCCUGUCAAGACUAAUAAGCAUCACAUGUAGAGUUGCACCAUUUGUAGCACGCUGAUGUGGGCCUACCUUGGCACCAACAAAACUUUUGCUGUUAGUGGCUCCAAUUUAUUUCUCUUGUCGGGAGCUGGUACUUAAUAAAAAAGCCGCGGUCUCCACAAACCUCACGAAAGGAUCCAACUGUAUAACCCAUUAUAUGCGGGCGAUUUGUAGCGCCAGAGCGCGCAAUUGCUUGGCGGAGCUGUAAGUUAAAUUCUGCAUCCGAAAACCGCCGACGGCGUACGGAUGAACCGAAUACGCUUUUCCGACUACAAGAUCCAUACCUUCGACAUUUGCAAUGUUCUUCAGAUUGUACUUUUUGACGAAGUCAACUUAUUCUAGUGAUACGAGCCCAGUUUUGAAUUUGCAACUAAUCACAUGCCCGUCCCGAUGCGAAAACCACCCGUACUUUAAAACGGCCAUGAGAUGCUGAAAACCAUGAUUUAUGAGGCUGUAGAUUGACGAAAUCAGCCGGUUUUCCCAUGAACUGACCCCUAGACUGCAGCGUUUGCGCAGGACGGUGAAACUGUGUGGAUAUGUCACACGUAAAUGGGGCUCGAUGUCAGGUCAAGUAGUGCGUCCACGCCCAUCUCUGGUCCUCUCGACGGAUGUCGGGCAAGUUUCCCUCACCUCAUGCACUUCCACCUCCUCACCGGCACAGUAGUGGUCAUUGUCGCCUGCGACAGAGCGACAAUGGUAUCGGAUAGCAUAUAGUCAUAUAGUAGAUGUGAAAUCUCGUGAAAUGUUAACUAAAUUCUGAAAUGUGUUUCUUAUUCAAAAAGACUACUUCGGAAGAGUUGCAAUGUUAAUUAACAUAUAGCAUAGUCCUAUGAUGUUUCAGGUAGGUUCGGAUGCGGACUUUUUAAUGAUCUCCUUUCCUACCACUCCCAGAAACCACACUCUGUAAAAAAUGGUUACUUAUAUAAUUUUCACAGUGAUUUUUGAUGUUCUCAUAAAUUCAAAUGUAUUUUAUAAAAAACAUGCACAAAACUAUUCUUUCUCAUAUUUAUUUGGUAGCAAAUUGCGUCUUCUCAAAAUUUUAUCAGUCAGUAUAUUCGGAGUAAACGACAGAAGCCCUAAAAACUCCAUUUAGACGGUACAAAUAUAAAGGAAAAUAGUUAAAUUGCAAACAUUUGCAUGUAGUUUUAGUAAACAGAAUGCACAGAUCUAAUAAUGGAACAUAAAUGCGAAAAGGGUACGGCAUUUGCGAAAUAAUUGCAAAAAACGUUGCUCACCGCAUUCGGACUGAAAAUUUCCGUACGGGUCAGGUUUAACGCACAAAAAGGAUCUGUUGAAAUCAUGUUAGUAGUAUAUUUAUAGUCAUUUCAGUAAUCCGCUCGAUCAGGCUUCGGUAGUUCGGGUUGCCUUUCAGCAGUUGAGUAUCCAGCUGUCUCUUGAACACACUCAAGGUAGGGGAAUUAACAACGUACGCCUGCAAAGAGUUCCACUGGCGAAUGACCCUCUGUGAGAAAAAGGGGAACGUUGAUUUGUGUGGCAAAGUUCCUUUUUAAGCUGGUAAUCGUGUCAUCUGAGAUAAGACUUGGGUGCCAUUGCAAAAAACGUUUCCCAGUCGACAUCCAGCUUAAGUCCUCUUAACAACUGAAACGUUGUUAUGAGGUCGUCUCUGUCUUGCCUGUACUGGAGGGGAAAGAGUUUCAAGGCCGUCAGGCUCUGCUCGUACGUAAAAAUGUUGAAGCCAUGAACAGCCUUUGCAGCACGCUGUUGUACACCUUCAAGGACAUCUAUAUCCUUCCGAAGCCAUAGCCGCCAAGCCUGUACUGCAUAUUCCAGGUGCGGCCGCGCAGAUGCCCCAUAUACUUUGCCAAAGACAUUUGUAUUUAAGUAAAUAAACGUUUUACGUAUCGCGCCCAUGACUGACAUUGCUCGCGCUGCGACUUUAGAACACUGCGUGAUGACGCUUAGAUCGUCUUUAAUGAAUAUACCGAGAUAUUUUAGCACAUCUACGAUUUUAAUGGGUUGAUUUUGAGGAUGCAUUUUUUCUUCGCCUCGCGUGCAUCACUACACAUUUUUGACGUUGAAUUUCAUGCACCACUUUCCGCUCCAUGCGUGCAAAUUCUCUACGUCUUCUUGUAGUAUCUUGACGUCAUCUUCAUUUUUUAUCGCUCUCCAAAGUUUAAAAUCGUCUGCAAAGAGCGCUAUGUCCGAUGUCGUUCCCCUUACUAGGUCAUUUACAUAGAUAAUGAAUAGGAGUGGCCCAAGAACUGACCCCUGUGGAACUCCAUUUUUAACAGAUGCCCAUUCGGAGCAGUAGCCAUCCGCAGUGACUUUUUGUCUACAACCGUUUAGGAAAUCUGGAAUCCAGUUCAGAGGAUUUCCUCUUAUCCCUACUUCUGACAACUUUUGAACGAGGCGCUUAUGUGGGACGCAAUCAAAACGCCUUGCUGAAUUCGAAGUAAAUGACAUCAACUUGAUGUCCUUCAUCCAUGGCUUUUGACCAUUGUUCGAGUGACGUAAGCAGGUUUGUGAGGCAGGACCUCUUUUCGCAGAAGCCAUGUUGAACUGAACUGAUGUGACAGCGCAAUGUAUCGAGUGAUGCGAUUGAUUUUUUAACUAUCUUUUCCAUCAGUUUGCAGAAAAUGCAUGUCAGACUCACCGGCCGGUAGUUAGUGGGAUAAAGACGUGAUCCUCCUUUGUGGAUAGGUACGACGUUUGCCAACUUCCAUGUGUCACUUAGUUUGCCAGCUUCCAGCGAUUUUUAGAAGAUUAUACAUAGUGGUUCGGCUAAUUCUUCCGCUAGCUGACGUAGAAGUACACCUGGGAUCUCAUCUGGUCCAGGUGACUUGGCCGGAUCCAGCUUAUUUAACUCUGCUAAAAAUAACUGCGGUAUAAAAGAUACUGGGCUUAUAAGGGGUUGGUUGUCGAGCUGUGGAAGAGGACAGGACUGGAGGGGUGGUUCUGUAGUAUAGACACUGUGGAAAAACUCUGAAAGAAGCUCGGCUUUUUGAAGGCCGUCGCUCACAAUUUGGUUAUUUUUGCGCUUUAAGGUUGAGAGAUGGUCCCGAUUUUUCGUAUUGCUCCUGAUAUAUGCAUAGAAUGCUUUAAGAUUUUUCUGCGCCUUUUCCAGGAGCUUCAGUUCAUAGGAAGCUCGUACUUCUCGGAUGAGUCCUUUGCAUAAGGUUCGUUGUUGUCUAAAUUCCUGAAGUUUUUCUGGACUCCCCGUCUUCAAGAAGAUUUUCCACAACUUGCGUUUUUUUCAGAUUGCCUUCUUAACCGAUGUUGUCAGCCAUUUCGGUUUAUUUCCGGUUGGAUAUUUCUUGAGGGGACAGUCUCGUUUAAUCAAGUCUCUCAUAGUUGAUUCGACGGUUGUCCAGCAUUCUUUGAUGUCUCCUCGUAAUGCUUCCGUCCAUAGUGUGUGUCCAUUAUCUGAUUUCAUUGCCUCAAAGUUACCCCGCCAGACAUUUCUUAACAACUUUGAGCUUCGUUCGGGGACAGCUACGAGUGUCGACUCCCACAUUUAUGUCAUGUGAUCACAAGAACCUAGGGGCGGGCCUACAUUUAUUUUAUCAACGUUUUCCUCGUUCUUGGUAAACAGUAGGUCUAGGCAACUCUCUGACCUUCACGCAUCCAAGUCACAGUUCGUACAUGUUGAACCAGAAAGUCAUCAAGUGCCAUGUCUAAUUUUAUAAUAAAUGAUAGAGUAUCUUUAAGUUUCAAAAAGGUUCUAUGAGAUUUUAUUGAAAUCACUAAAUGUCCAAUCAUACAGCACCGAAUCAGCGAGCUUAUUAAUGUUGCCGAUAAAAUGACAACAUGGUCCAUAUUUAUUACCAAAUUUUAAGAGCACUGUGGGACAUCUUCAUUACGGCGUGUAGGAAUGUAUGACUUUCCGUACACGGAAAAUUUACAGCUUGUAGCUUGGAAACCCAGAAUGCAAGUGUAUCGGCAGGUCGAGUUCAGAAUUAGUCGAGAAUUGAAAGAGGUUUUAAAAACCGGAUUAUACUCCUCCUCCAAGUAUAACGUUUAAGGAAAACUAAAUUUGCCACUAAAUGAGUAUAAGGAAGAAUCUUUUGUGAAUGCUUUCUAAAAAUGUGUGCGAACUUAUAACGGAAUCAAAAAUCGAUGUAAAGAAGUCCUACUUCUUAAGUAUCCACUUAUUACGAAGUGUAGUUAUGCAGGCGGUCGGGAGAACCUAGGUAGGCGCACAACUAAACAGAAAACUAUCUCUGAUCGCUGCUCUGGCAGGGCUCAUCUUGUUGUUUUCCGACUCUUUGUUACAGCAUGGCUGUCUCAAAAUUGUGGACCGAUGUAAGCACAUCUUCAAGCUGUCUCAAGGAGAGUACGUUGCUCCAGAGAAAGUGGAGUUGGUUUAUCGGGAAUCUCUGUUAAUUAGCCACGUUUUUGUCGAUGGAAGCUCACUGAGUUCGUUUCCGGUGGCGAUUAUUGUGCCCGAUAAACAGGGUGUUCUUCAUUCAUUGAGCGAACAUGGCGAGGACAUGAACGCCAGACCCCUCAAGGACUGUACCCUAAAAGCCCUUUGUGAAAGCCCACUCGUGAAGGAACUCGUCUACAAAGAUUGCGUGAAGCUCGGUGAAAGAGCCAAACUAAAGGGAUUUGAAAAGGUGCGUAUGUAUAACGUUUGCCUACUUUUUAUUGCAUUUAUUUCAAUUACUUUAAGGUCCGGUAGGCCAACAGAAUAUCAGAAACUAGAUAAGUAAACGUGACUUUAUUUUUUGAUAACCAAAGGCGUGCUCUAAAGUUGUAAUUUAGGCGCUUAGUCUGCCGAAUUCAAUGAAAAUAAAACUGGCAUUUAAGUAAACAGACUGCUUGCUUAUUGGCGCAGAACGCCUCCAGGAUAUUGGAAACAGAAAUUUCUAUCGUAGGAAGGAAGGCGGCUAAUGAAAUCUUCAAAAUUCACUGGGCUGUGUCCAGUUAGUAUUUUGACAAUCAGACGUGGUGUUCAGAUAGCGUUUCCACUUGUGUGGUAGGUUUGCGAGGUCGGUUUGUCAAAUUCUAACUUCGUUUUGGGUUUUUUAUAAUCCCUAUAAUGUUCAUUUGUUGAGCCGGAUUGUGGACACGCGAAUAAGAGUCCCCGUACUACAGGUGUUUCUGCGUUAAAUGCCAGGGAGUACCCAUCCCCGCUCCCUAACCUGAACCUUGGUCCUCACCCCCGCGCUAACCCUAAAAUUAAUCCUCAUAAUCCUGACCCUUCUACCUCCAAUCCUAACCUGUAAUGUAGCUCAAGGGCACCCGUAGCAGGGGAGUCCAUAUUCCAGUGCCUUACGGAGCCAAACAGUCUCAUAGCCAUGUUAAUCGAAACCGAUUUUACUGGACAAGUGAUUUUGCAAGUUGCGUGCAGUAUCGGAUCUACUCCAGCCGGGGCUAAAUUUAUCUGACUUUUAGUUCACACCUCAAAAGCUGCGCCGUGCAUUGACCCCUGGCAGCAUUAUUCCGUUUUCUUAAAAUAAUUACUUUCGUCAAAAACCAAUAAACAUAUUAAUUACCUUGAAUUAUAGAUCAUUAAUAGACUGAAGUGUCGCGGUCACUUAAAUUUGUGACACCGCGCCUACAAACAGUUCAAAAAAAUUAAGACUACCUCUUCAUCUGCUCACGUUUUCCUUUUCCCGUUAGUCUUCGAGUGUGUUUUCAACACUCAAUUAAAUUCUUCCACGUUGUUUAAUGCUCCUAUCUCAGGUCGCAGACCAGGCCGCCCAAAUGUGCUCUUUUUCCUUGUCCCUCGUUCUUGAUAUUCGCAGACGUCUGCAAAACCCAGAUCAGUACUCCAUCCGGUAACAAUUGGGAGAUGGCACCCAAAAAAUCCGCCCAACCAAAGCAGCCUGUCUUACGGGUGGGGCCUUCGAUUGCGUGGAUAAAUAUAAAUAAUACUAAGAAGUUUUUUCAGAAAUGGCUUCUCGAACGAUAAAGUUUAACCUCAUCACUAUAUGGCAACAAAAAUGUGCGCGGUGUCGGAUUUACUUGAAGAGGCAGAUAAUAUGAAGUCGAUCCAGCUCGUAAUCCCUGCUUAAUUGCUUUUUUAAAUAGGGGAUUGAAAGCGAAAUGCAGUUUGCUAAAGGAAACGUCCUACGUUGUGCUGUUCAUGACACUAUGCCUUCAUAUCCUCGCUUUCAAAACUGCACGUUCAAUAAACACACAGGACGUGAUUGAAAACAUCGCCGCACUUGACUCCGACGAGAGUUGCCAUUUUGUGAAAUUGCUUAGCUGACGACACCAUCUGUAUAGGAUUGUAUGCUUUUAAAGUUUUCCGGACCUCAUUUUAUUCCUUUCAUUAGCCUGUGGACGAACACUCAUGCAGUCCUCCGGCAUAUUCUCAUCGGUAACGGAUUUUUUCGGUGCCAUCUCCCAAUUGUUACCCUUCAUCCUAAAAGUUAAAGUCAUGUCGCAAAAGAUGAAAAACGGUUGCCAGAAACUAAGCAGCGUCAGCUGACCGGCCACAACCACCGAAAACUAACCUUGAUUUUGAUCAAAAAAUUAAAAGGAAAUAGAAGAGAAUCUCGAAGUAUAAUUGAAAAGAAAGUCAAAAAAGUUCGAAGCAAACCUUCGGGAAGAAAAUUUCACAAUACAUAACGCGGAAAAGUGCAUUUAACUGACAUUAGAACCCUUCUGGAAUUCCCUUUAACCUACUUUUCCCAUGUGGAACUUCGCAUGCAGCCCGUUCAUGCCAUAAAUUGUAAAUUAAGUUGUUUUUGGAGCACCAAAAGGAACUUAUUUUUGCUGAACGCAGUAGCAUGGUUAUGGAUGUUAAUGCAAACUGCCACAUCCACCUCUAGUCUUCCCAUCACGACUUUUUCGGACUGCAUUACUGGACUUGUCGCUCGUUUUUGGCUUUCCUCUAUGCUUGUAAGUAAAGUAGCCCAAUUCUUAGUUUGCUUCUCGCUAAUCGGGACAAACUGGGGAAACAAGUAGGCUUUGAAAAUCCAAGUGACCAGUCCAGAAACGAAUAGCUAAAACAAUAUCUACUUUUCACAUAUAAUACUCUUUUCGCGAUUUAAGACUGAAAAAAUGCAAGCUCAUUGGCAUGCACCAAUGAUUCCAAACAUGAGCGCGUUUCGUUCUCGAAAUAGCUCUUAAUUUUUGCCCCCAUACGUGUUUAUUAAGACGGGCUUGGUGUAUUAGGGAAGCACUGCGUUGAUAGCAAGCAUUUUUACUUUACUUUUGUCUUACCCUCUGUGUCUUUUUCAGGUGAAGAAUAUUCACCUGACUCCUCGGGCGUUUACCAUUGAAAAUGGCCUUCUUACUCCGACACUUAAGGCCUCGCGACAUGCAAUAAGGAAGUGCUACGCCAAGGAGCUGGCUCUUCUGCAAAAGGAACCCAUGUCGUGA